AUGAAUUACCUGCGUCGUCGGCUGUCGGACAGCAAUUUUAUGUCCAAUUUGCCCGAUGGGUACAUGACUGAUCUACAACGCCCUGACCCGCCGCAGCAAGACCCUGCAGUAGUGUCGCCUGAACCACCGGAGAGGCGUCUGUCUACCAGCCAGCAGUCGGAGGGCACUGGCAGCGGAGCCGGAGCUGGAUUUUUAUCUUCCUUUACUAAAGCUGUCAAACAAACCACUGCUGCUGUUGCUGAGAAAGUCACCGAGGUAGCAGACAAAGCAGGCGUUGCCUCUGGUGCCAAGAUACUCCUGGUAAUUGAUGAGCAACAAACAGACUGGGUAAAGGUCUUCAAAGGUAAAAAGAUUCAUGGUGAAUUUGACAUUAAGGUGGAACAGGCUGACUUCUCUGAAAUCAACCUAAUAGCGCAUGCUACAGGGGGCUAUAGUGUUGAUAUCGAAGCAAUCCGGAAUGGAACCAUGGUGACCAAGUGUUUCAGGCCAGACUUUGUGCUGGUUAGGCAGCAUGCCUUCAGUAUGGCCAAGAAUGGAGACCACCGACACAUAGUGAUUGGGUUACAGUAUGCUGGUCUCACGGGUGUAAACUCUCUACACUCUGUCUACAACUUCUGUGACAAACCAUGGGUGUUUGCUAAUAUGGUGAGAUUGUACAAGCAACUGGGACCAGAGGAAUUCCCACUGAUCGAGCAGGUUUACUAUCCCAACCACAGAGAAAUGAUUACCACUCCUGGUUUCCCUGUGGUGGUGAAAAUGGGCCACGCCCACUCAGGGAUAGGGAAGGUGAAAGUGGACAAUCAAUAUGACUUCCAAGAUAUUGCCAGUGUUGUUGCCCUGACCAAGACCUAUGCCACAUCUGAACCUUUCAUCGACGCAAAGUACGAUGUCCGCAUCCAGAAGAUCGGAGACAAUUACAAGGCCUACAUGCGGACAUCAAUUUCAGGGAACUGGAAAACAAACACUGGUUCAGCUAUGCUGGAACAGAUAGCCAUGUCAGACAGGUAUCGGAUGUGGGUGGACUCCUGCUCUGAGGUGUUUGGCGGUUUGGAUAUGUGCGCUGUGGAGGCUCUGCAUGGAAAAGAUGGCAAGGAUUACAUUAUAGAGGUGGUGGGUUGCUCCAUGCCUCUGAUUGGAGACCAGCAGGAUGAAGACCGUGCUCAAAUUGCAGACCUGGUCAUCUCCAAAAUGAACCAGACAGUCCCACGCACUGCAAGUCCCUCUCCUGUCCGUCCCACAGCUAAAGCUGCAUCCUCUCAGCCUAUCUCACAACCCAAAGUGCCACAGGCUCAGCAACGCCCUUCUCCACAAGGUGGCCCACAACAGACACCCACCGGCACUGCCACCCCUCGCCAAGGAGCCCCCUCCCAGCAGCGCCCCUCUCCCCAAGGCCAGGCCCCUGCAAAAGCCCAGCCCCCUGGUCAGGGAUCCCCCCAGCGAUCCAUGAGCCUGGGGGGCUCCCCUCAAAACCAGAGGCCACAGCAGUCAGGUCCCCAGCUGCAGCAGAGCCCCCCCCUUGGAGGCAUGGGCCAGAAGUCCACAGGGGGCCAGCCCCAGCAGAGGCCCCAGCAGAAGCCAGGCCAGCCUGCCAGGCAGCAGUCCCAGGGAGGAGGCCCCCAGGGCCCCCAGCAGCAGAGGGCUCCAGCCCAGCAAGGUCGCACUGGGGCCCCCACCACUCAGCAGCCCCGCCUUAGUGCCCAGGGCCAGGGAGACCCGGGAGGGAAACCUCCUCUGCAGCAGAAGCCUCAUCCCCCACAGAAGCCUAACCAGGACCCUCCUGCUAUGGGAGCCACCCCUCCACUGAACAAAUCCCAGUCUCUUAUCAAUGCCUUCAACAUUCCAGAAACCCCAACGCCACGGGCCAGCCUUAGCCAGGAUGAGGUGAAGGCUGAGACCAUACGCAACCUACGCAAGUCUUUUGCUAGUCUCUUCUCAGACUGA